AUGGGCGAGUCGCGGCGUGUCGCACGAUCCCGAGACCCCAGCAGCGCCAUGAGCACCUAUUUGCCCUUACAGCAGCAGCCGCCGCCGCACCAGCAGCAGCCGCAGCAGUCGACGAGUAUGGCGCUGUACCACAACGCCGCAAUGGGUCACGGCCUCGCGAGUGCUGCGCCGAGCCACACUGACGCGUCGCCACCGCUGCCGCCGCCCUCGGGACCGACAGACAGUGGCGUGUUCUUCUCGCCGACGUCAAGCACGUGCCUCAUGUGCUACAACGCGCACGUGGACGUGCUGCUCGAGCCGUGCCACCACCAGUUCCACGCGCGCUGCAUUGAGCACGCGCUGGCCAAGGAACGCAUCUGUCCGACGUGCUGGACGCCUGUGCGGACGCCCCGGAGGCUGAUGAUGCAGUCGCCACACCACCAGCAGCACCACCACCAGCAGCAGCAGCAGCACUUUGUUGCUCAGAUGCAGCGCGGUGCUGGCCCGUCUGUCGACAGUUGCCAGUACGCAGUGGACUCCAAGACGCACGUGCUGGAGCAUGGAGCAGUGAUGCGCAAGGGCAAGUGGACCGCCGAAGAGAGCGCGUACUGCGACCGACUGAUUGAAGAGUUCAAGAAGGGCAACUUGCCGCUGGCCGAAGGCACGACGCUGCGCACGUUUUUGUCCAAGUUGCUGCACUGCGACCCCAUGCGCAUCUCGAAGAAGUACACUGGCGACCAGUGCAUUGGCAAAAUCAUCUUCCGCCGCCGCGAGGACGACGUCGCGAAGGGCGACCUCGAGACCAUUCGCAAGGAACUGGCCGAGCUCGAGAAGACGUACUUGGAGCGCGAGCAGUACAACCAGCGGCGACGGGAGAAGCGCCUCGAGUCGGAGCUGUCGCGCGACAAGAACCGCUUUGCGGCGGCGCGCGCGAUUGGAUACGCCGCGGCCGCCGGGCGGUCGCCGCAUGCGCCGUCCCAAGCACAAGUACAAGCGGGUGGAGCUGCUGGUGGGUAUUCGCCCGGAGCGGCUACGCACCAGUCGAUGGGUCAGCACGAGGCGCGGGCGCUGCCUAUGCAAGAGCCACUGCACGGAGGCGCUGGCUACGGUGGGCCAUUGGGGCGAGCGGGAGGCGGGAUGCUGCCCGUCCCGCCGCCGCUCCAUCCGCCCCAGCAACCGCCGGCGACGAGCAGUGCGGCCUCGUCGCAUGGCUUCCACGGCGAGCACAGCAGCAUGGCCAUGCUGGGCAUUGCCGGGGCGCUCGCCCACGGUCAAGGAGCUGGGCACGCGGGGCCGGACAGCCGCUCGGCUGGUCCGCUGGCCAUGGACAGUGGCAAUGCGAGCGACGCGUUCCCGCGCGUGUCGUCGAUCGACAGCUUCUCGUGCUUGUUCCCGCGCGUGGCCAGUGUGGAGAACUUUCAGCACGCAGCGUCGUCGGGGUUUGCGGGCCUGGCGGCGGGCGUGUCGUUUGCACUAGCGAGCGAGACGCUCACGACGACGACCACGUCGACUAGCAGUGGCUUUGAUGCGCAGUCGGGCGGAUUGCCCAAGCCCCUGUCGAUUGGCGAGAGCCUGAAUGCCUACUUUCCCCGCAUUCAGUCGCUCGAGCAGCUUUCGCACUUGUUGCAGGACCACGGGCCGCACAGUCCACGCGGGGCACUAAUUGCGCCAGUCGCGCUCAACCCGCGAGAAGCGAUGGAAAAAGCAAGUGACACGAGCAAACCGCAGCAGCAGCAGCAGGAGCAACAGCAGCAUGCAGAGGAGCGGGUUGCAUCAGGGAGCGAUCGAAGAAUAGCUGAAGAGUCUGGCGAGCAUGAUGGGGUCGAAGAGCAGCAGCGGGACGGCGGAAUCAAGACCGAGCCAAGUGCGUAUGUUGGCCGUGAGGCAAGUGCCGAGUCGUCUGAUGCCAUGAGCAGUUCUGCGAGCUCUGGAGGAUCGAAGCGUCUGAGUCCCAGCCACAACGCUUCCGCGUCGUCCGGCAUGGGGAACCAGAUUCAGAUCCCGAAGCCGCUGAACAAGAUGCCGCGGAGCUCGUCCGGUAUCUUUCCGCGCGUGCCGUCCAUGGACAAAAUGCCUCGGGUCUCUUCGGCCGACGACAAAUUUCCUCGUGUUGCUUCGUUGGAGAAACUGCCGCGCAUUCCAUCGAUGGAUAAGUUGCAUGCAGUGGGCGGUGGCAGCGAGCAACGGAUCCCCCGCGUGCCUUCGAGUGACAUGAUGGCGCGAGUGCCGAGCUCGGAUAUGCUGUCGCGCUUUGGCUCGAGCGACCACCUCAGCAGCUUUCCGUCGUUUUCGAACCUGAGUGCACUCUCGUCGAGUGCCUCGUACGACAAGUUGAGCUCGCUGGGUGGCUUCAAGUCUGGCUUUCCGCGCAAUUCAUCGAUCGAGGACAUUUUGUCUCUCGUGGCGUCGUCCGAGUCGACAGGUCUUUCGUCCAAUGGCUCGACGUUGCAGUUGAGUGCACUGGCCGCAGUUGCAGGCGAGGAGUCAUCGCAUUUGGCAAAUGAACGGAAACGGCGGCUGGAGAACUCGCAGCAGGACACGCCGCUGACGGCUGACAAUAAGAAGAGCAAGUUGUCGGCCUGA